AUGCGCUCGUACAUGCGCCUGCCCCGCACGCUCCUUUGCCUUCUUCAGGCUUUCCUUGUUGUCGCCCAGCCUCCACAACUCACCCUCAACCACGGCGUCUACAACUUCUCUUCCUCCACUCUCCCCAACCCACCCACCUUCAAGCUCCCCGUCUCCAACCCGCUCUACCUCUCAGUUGCACUAUGCUCUGCGCAAACCACACUACCUCGAUUGUUCGUCACUAAUGACAGCACCGCCUCCCAGCCAGGUCCCGCGGAACUCGGCCAGGCGAAUGUGUACGAGAUCCCGCUGGAGGACGGCUUGGGUGUAUGGUCCGGCCCCAUGAAUGUUCAGGGCGUGCUGGCGAUAUAUAACGCCAGCCAGUCGUUGUCCUUCGAGAUUGGACUUUCGAAUGCCGGACCAAUACACCAGAUACUAGACGAGCUACCUUUACUUGGGGAUACCACUUCCAAUCAGGUUUUGCUCUUCUCGCCGCCAUUCUCACCACCAGAAAUAUCCGCCCCGACCUACCCCAAUUACACACUCCCUGCUGCCAACCUCACUUUCCCUCCCGCUCCCCCUUCUCCCUCCAACUAUUCCGUGUUCGUCACACUGACUUCGACGACUCCACUGCCUCUGACUACAUGCGCCUUGAACGUGGCGCAGGUCGAGGGCUCGCUCUACGAUUCCCCGUCGUCCGUCUCGAGCCAAGGGCUCUGGUUGCGUGAUACCGAUGGCUGGCGAUGGCAGUGGCUCAUCAACGGGCUACUCCCGCAGAAGAACUACACCGCAUACGCGAUCCUGAACGACACCAAAGUGAGCGGGCCAAUCAAUUUUGUCACCAAAUCCGCCUCCUUCUCGUGCCCGCUCGUGCACUCGCUCCCGUUCUGCCCAGCGGUCGCGUACGCAGCGCCGCUGCCAGACCUCACGAACAAUCCCGCGCUCGGCGCGACGGCGGGUGAUCUCCCCGACUCGCUGACGGGCCCGCUGCUGAGCGGGCUCGCGAACUUCACGGUGAUGCUGACGACGCUCGCGUGCGGGCGUGACAAGUACAGCCAGCUGGUGACGUGCGCGGACUGCCAGACGGCAUACCGCGCGUGGCUCUGCAUGGUCUCGUUCCCGCGGUGCGGCGAGUACCCCUCCUCGACGGGCACGAGCACGCAGCCCGCGCUACAGCCCGUGGCGCCGUCCGCGACCCCGCGCAACCCGAGCCUGGCGCCGUUCGCGGAGAGCUACGACGCGAUGCUGCCGUGUCUGGAGACGUGCAACGCGGUGGACCGCGCGUGCCCGCCGUUCCUCGGGUUCCGGUGCCCCGUCCCGCAGUUCACGGCCGGGGAUAGCUAUGGUGUGGGCUUCAUCGACAGCGGAGCGCAGGGCGUCAUGGGCGGCGGGUCGACGGGCGCUGCGGCGGACCGCUGGGGAAAUGUGUGGUGCAACAUGCCCUGA